GCAGGCACGCUUACCUCUUCCUCUCUUCUCUGCCAUUGCAACAGCAACGUCUCUCAACUUUUAUCUCUCUCCCUGUCAUUUUUCUGUCUGUGUUGGUUUUUCUAUCUCUCUUCGGAGGAGAUUAGCAAGGUUAGAAGUGAUCAAAGGAAGAGACUGAUUCGGCCGACCAGAGAGGAAACAGAAAGCUCAAGAUCGGCCGAUUCUAUUUUGGUUUCAGGUUAUUGGUCCUCCUCUUUUGAGGAAUUUGUUUUCCUCUAUGUUCUUCAUUGCGUUCAGUUUCCCCUCUUUCUCAAAAAGGUUUGUUUCAUCUCUUUUUUGAGGUUUGUUCAAAGACUACAAUGUCUUCGUAGAAGAAGACUUGAGCUCUGCAUCAGUUUUCAUACAUCAUUGGUUGAUCUCCCUUUGGUUUGCGGAAUGUAGAGAGCGCGGAUUCGGACAAGAGGCAGAGCCGUGGGUUUACGAUGGUUUAUAUGUUUUGUUUGAUAACCAUUUAUAUUCACAUGUCGCCGUCAUGUUUACUUUCAUCGAGGGAAAGUCGAAGUUUAGAAUAAAAAGUAGCUGGUGCUGUUGAAUAACUGUCUGGGAUGAGUGACUGUGAUUUGCUGUUGACUGAUU